CAGCCGGAGGAUAUUAUGUCCCCCCGGACCCUCACCCGCCUCCUAUCCGACUCCUCCCGCCACUCCCCCCGCGGCCCCAUCGCCGCCCGGUGGCGCCACUACCACGGCGCCGGCGACUGGUCCGGCCUUCUCGACCCCCUCGACGAGAACCUCCGCCGCGAGCUCGUCCGCUGCGGCGACCUUGUCCAGGCAGCCUACCAUGCCUUCCACUCCCACCCCACCACGAAGCCAGACGCGCCCCGCCCCGUCGCCCUUCCUGACCGCUCCUACCGCGUCUCGCGCUCCCUCUUCGCCACCGCCUCCAUAGAGUUCCCCCCCUGGGUCGACCGCCUCGUCGCCCCUUGGAUAACCCAGCGCUCCAGCUGGAUAGGCUACGUCGCCUUCUGCGACCACGACCACGAAAUUCACCGCAUGGGUCGCCGGGACAUCGUCAUCGCCCUCCGCGGCACCGCCACCUGCCUCGAGUGGGCCGAGAACUUCCGCGCCGGCCUCGUCCCGAUUGAGGACGGCAAUGACAAUGACGAAAAGAACGAGAAUUCGGCGUCCAAGUCGCCGAAGGUGGAAUGCGGUUUCUGGAGCCUGUACAAGACGGCCGGCGACCGCGUCCCGAGCCUAUCGGCGGCGGUGGUGGAGGAGGUUUGUCGGCUCGUAAAUCAGUACAAAGGGGAGCAAUUAAGUAUAACCGUGACGGGACACAGCCUCGGGGCGGCGCUGGCGGUGCUGGUGGCGGACGAACUGAGCUCGAGGGUACCGGAUGCACCGCCGAUUGCCGUGUUCUCGUUCGGCGGGCCGCGGGUGGGGAACCUGGCCUUCGCCGAACAGGUGGAAGGCCGGGGAGUGAAGGUGCUGCGCGUCGUGAAUGCGCACGAUGUCGUGACGAGGGUGCCAUUAGGGGCGGGGCCGGCUCCGGCACCGCCAGAGCGGCAGACUGACUUCAAAUGGUGGCCGGCGAAGGUUUUGGAAGGGAUUGAUGGUUACGCCGAUGUCGGGAGGGAGCUCAAGGUGGACAGCCGGGCAUCGCCGUACCUGCGGCCGGACGCCGACCCGGCGUGCUGCCACGACCUGGAGGCCUAUCUCCACCUGGUGGACGGCUUCAUGGGGACGAACAGCCCGUUUAGGUCCAAUGCCAAGAGGAGUUUGGCCCGGUUGCUAUGUCAGCAGGGGAGCAACGUCAAGAAGCUCUACAUGAGCAAGGCCCGGGAACUCCGAGCGGCCGCGCCUGACCCGUCCGCCACCGCUGGCGACGCCGGCCAACAUCCCGAAUUGCCUCGCCAGACCCUCGUCGCGACGCCCGUUAAAGAGCCGCGCUAUGGGUAGAAUAAAAGAAUUGCUUUGGUUGAUGUACGCACA